AUGUCAGGUUCAACUUUUCGUAUGGGGGAGGGGGAUUGGAUAUGUAGUGACCCGCAUUGUGCCAAUAUUAAUUUUGCUCGUCGAACCCAGUGUAACCGUUGUGGGUCGGAAAAAAGUGAAGCUUUAAAUAAGCGAAAAUUGGGGCAAGAGAUAGGUAAAGCUGCAGCUGCCAAAAGUCACGGUUUGUUUAGCGCCGAUGAUUGGCAGUGUAAUAAAUGCGGUAACGUUAACUGGGCUCGCAGACAGCAAUGUAACGUAUGCAACGCCCCACGAUUUGGGGACGUUGAAGAGAGAACGGGUUUAGGGGGGGGUUAUAACGAUCGAGGGGUCGUGGAAUAUAAACAACGAGACGAUUCAGACGACGAAUACGAUGAAUUUGGUAGAAGGAAAAAAAAAUUAAAAAAAUCCGAAAGCGAUACAGAUUAUGAUGAUAAAAAAUUAGAUGAAAAAGAGGAAGAGGAAGAUAAUGACGAUGAAGAAGAUGAGGAGGAGGAGGAGGAUGAGGAAGAGGAUGAAGAUGAAGAUGAAGAUUUAUCAAAAUAUGAUUUGAGUGAUUGGGCAGUGGAAAAAUCAUAA